AACGUAUAAGAUAAAAAAAUUUAGUCUUAAUCGAGAUUUGGUCAUUUUCUUUUGUGAACGCAGACUAUUAUUCAAAUAGAUAAGUCAUUUCUUGAGAGAAUAUACGAUUAAAAGAUGUCGAUUAAUUUAAAAACAAUUUAUGCUUUUGCUAGGGAAAUGUAUCCCAAAAAAUCUAUUGAACGGUUCCAAUACGGAACAGCUGGAUUUCGUGGAAAUGCAGAUUUCUUAGAUAGUGCUAUGUUUCGUAUGGGCGUAUUAGCUACCUUAAGAUCACGUGUCUUAGGUGGCUCUGUUGUUGGUGUUAUGAUUACCGCCUCCCAUAAUCCAGAACCAGAUAAUGGUGUAAAACUCAUUGAUCCCAAAGGUGAAAUGUUAGACCCGAAUUGGGAAGAUAUUGCUACGGAACUUGUAAACGUUUCCGAUCAAGAGCUUGAAGAGCAAGUAGCCAAAAUAAUCAAAGAAAAUAAAAUUGAUGUCAGUUCUCAAUCAAAUGUAUAUGUUGGUAUGGAUAAUCGUUAUCAUAGUCCACGUUUGCUCAAAGCUGUGUCAGAUGGCGUGAUUGCAUUGAAAGGUAAUGUCAAAGAAUAUGGUAUUGUAACAACACCGAUGAUGCAUUACUUUGUGGUAGCCACUAAUUCGAAAGGUGUUUACGGUCAAGCCACAGAGGAGGGAUACUAUAACAAAUUAAUAACAGCCUUUGAAAAGAUACGUGGCAAUAAAUUGGAAAAUGAUAAAUACCGAAAUUACUUGUUAUUCGACGGCGCUAAUGGUGUAGGUGCUCGAAAAAUGUUACAUUUUAUUAAACGUAUGCACAAGUCUCUAAACGUGGAGGUUUUUAAUAAAGGCGAUGGCAAGAUAAACCACGAAUGUGGAGCUGAUUAUGUAAAGGUCCAACAACGUUGUCCUGUAAAUAUGCCUGUAACAGAUUCCAAUGUUCGUUGUGUCAGUGUGGAUGGCGAUGCAGACCGCGUCGUCUAUUUCUUCACAGAUAAUGAUGGCAUUUUUCAUUUAUUAGAUGGCGAUCGUAUAGCUACCUUGGUAGCUGAUUAUUUAAUAGAUUUGGUAAAAAGUUGUGAGCUUGAGCUAAGUAUGGGCUUAGUUCAAACUGCAUACGCUAAUGGUGCUUCCACAGAUUAUAUUGUCAAUAAACUUAAAGUGCCAGUAAGUUGUGUUUCUACUGGUGUUAAACAUUUACAUCAUAAAGCUUUGGAAUUCGAUAUUGGUAUAUAUUUCGAAGCUAAUGGUCAUGGAACUAUAAUAUUUAGUACCAAAGCUAAGCAAUCUAUAACUAAGGCUGCUGAUCUGGGUGAUGAGAAAGCACAGACGUUUUUAUUGGUUAUUGAUUUAAUCAAUGAAACCGUUGGAGAUGCAAUUUCGGAUAUAUUGUUAGUAGAAACUAUUUUACAUUAUAAAGGAUGGGAUGUUAACGAAUGGUUGGCUUGUUAUGACGAUCUGCCUAAUUUGCAAUUGAAAAUUAAAGUCCAAGACCGCAAUGUCAUUACCACAGCAGACGCUGAGCGUGUUUGUCUCACACCAGUUGGUUUACAAGAACAAAUUAACAAUAUUGUAUUAAACUAUAAUAGAGCACGAUCAUUCGUGAGACCUUCUGGCACUGAAGACGUAGUGCGCGUGUAUGCAGAAGCCGCAACGCAAGAGGAAGCUGAAUGUCUUGCCAAUGAUAUCGGUAUUCUAGUGCAGAAAAUGGCCGGUGGUAUUGAACCAAAUUUGGUGCAUCCUAAUAAAAGUUUCCAAGCGCAUUUUUAAAUUUCAUAAAAAUGGCACAUAUUCGUUUGUAUGCGGUAUUUAGCAUUUGAUCUAUUUAUGGAGGAAUACUGUGCGCAAAAAUAUUAUAAUUUGAACAAAUUUUAAGCCUUAACGGUUCAACAGCAUUUUUUUGUUGAGAUUAACUGACCUAUGCCAAUAAAGAUGGCUUAUAAGUUCACACAAAAAAUUUCUGCAAAAUUGUUUAAAAAAAAAUGUUUCAUUUUGUAAUUAAAAACACAAAACAUUUCCCAAUAAAAAUUUCUCAUCACAUGCCUCAUAUAUAAUUGUCCCAAAGUGUUUCAUUCUCUUCCACAAUUACUAGACAUUAGCUCCAUCAAAAAACGCCCAGUUUCUUCCGUCUAAGAUCUGAAAGAUAGACUAUAGGGGGAAUGGAGUAAGAUCCCUGUUUCCCGUACAAGAAAAAUUAUAGAAAAUUGUCAAAGCGUUUAAAUGACUUUCGUU